AUGAGUCAGUUAGAAUUUAACAUCAAGCAUGCUGGUAGAGUUUACCCCGUUAAGAUAGCCAUGGAUGCUACUGCUGGUGCUUUGAAGGGCCAGGUUGAGCAAUUGAUUAAAGUUCCCAUUUCACGUCAGAAAUAUAUGGUCAAAGGCGGUUUGAGUGAUGAUACGGCAACAGAGCUCAGUUCGAUAAUCAAGCCUGGUUCGACCAUCAUGGUUCUUGGGACCCCAGACGCGGAUUUAGUAUCUAAACCAAAACAGAGGAGUCAGUUCAUCGAGGAUCUUGCUCCAGAGCAGCAAUUGCAGCACUUGAAUGAGUUACCAAUCGGAUUCCAGAAUAUGGGUAACACUUGUUAUCUGAAUGCAACAUUGCAAGCGCUCUACAGGAUCGAACCCUUGAGAGAUAUGAUCCUUAACUAUAGCCAGCAAUCGGCGGAUAAUGCAGCCGAUGAAGGACAUAAAAAGAUCAUUAUAGAGAUGAAACGGUGUUUUGAGAAUUUGAAGAACAAAAGUUACAAAGCGGUCAUGCCCAUGGUUCUCUUGACGGCGCUGAGGAAGUGCUACCCUCAGUUUGCUGAGAGGGACCCCCAAAGCGGCUUCUACAAGCAACAGGAUGCUGAAGAGCUUUUCACGCAACUGUGCCAAACCAUGGCUCUCAUUUUCGGCAAUAAGUUCUCCGAGGCUUUCAGCAUACACUUCAGAACCACGAUCAAGGACACGGCUAAUGAAAACGACGUCACGGUGAAAGAAGACGAGUCUGAUGUGAAAUUACAAUGUCAUAUUUCGGGAUCGACGAAUUUCUUGAAGAACGGGUUAAUGAACUCGCUGCACGAGCAAAUCGAAAAGAGAUCUACGAUCACGGACGUCAACUCUGUGUACAGCGUGGAUAAGCAGAUCACAAAGCUGCCCAAAUAUUUAACUGUUCAGUUUGUCAGGUUUUUCUGGAAAAGAUCUGCGGGCAAGAAAUCCAAGAUCUUACGUAAAGUGGUAUUCCCCUUCCAACUCGACGUGGCUGAAAUGCUAACGCCCGAGUACGCAAAGGAAAAGAUCCAAGUGCGCGAGGAUUUCAGGCAGAUCGAUAAGGAGAGGCUCGAGAAGGAACGCGACCUGAAGAAGCGGAAAAUAGACGACACCGCCAACCCUACUGUGAUGGCUCCAAGAGAAAAAUACGAAACUGAGAUGGCGCUCGCUAAGAGUGAACAAGAGCACUGGAUCGAAGAGUUCAAGAAAAAAACACCCAAAGACCUGCAACCUGGCGAAAAUCCCUCCUGUCUGUACGAACUGAUUGGCGUGAUAACCCACCAGGGAGCAAACUCAGAGUCUGGCCAUUACCAGUCGUUCAUAAGGGACGAAAUGGACGAAAACAAAUGGUACAAUUUCAACGACGACAAAGUCAGCGUUGUCGCCAAGGAGAAAAUAGAGAGCUUAGCCGGCGGUGGCGAAAGCGAUAGCGCUCUGAUCUUGAUUUACAAAGGAUUUGGUCUCUGA